CUGGCAUCAGACGUGUGUCUCCCCCACGCUGAGGACGAACCCCACUGUUUCAUGAACAUAGAUCGGAUAAUAUUCCUGUUACAAUUGACACAAAAUACAACAGUGGCAACAAGCCAUUUCUUUUGGAUAAUUAAUUUUCACUGCAACGGGUCGAAAAAAAUUAUGACGAUCUCCGAGGAAUUUUCAGUGAGCUAUUCUACAAUAGACUGGAUUAAUAAUUUACAUUUAUCUACCGAGCACUAAUAGUAACUUCCGUUUCAUACCGUGAGUAUGCUGUUAAAUGAAGAUUAUUGUAUUCGUUGUCAUUGCUGCAUCUAUAAUUCUUAAGAGAUGCAAUUAGCUUCAACUCGCAAUACAGAACAGUAUUAAGGUAGUUUUCCACAUAGUGCUACAAUGGAUGACACUACUGUUAUUCUCAUUGAAGCCUUGCGUGAGCAAGUUCUACGGAAAGAUUAUGGUGGUAUGAGGGGCCUCGCUCUUGCAUUUAAAAGUCUCGAUAUCGACUUUUCAAAAAGAAUUGUGUUUGAAGAACUAAAAAUAGGAAUAGAGUCGUAUGGCAUACGAAUGUCACACGGGUAUUUACAACGAUUGUUCAAGGCCCUGGAUAAAGAUAACAGCGGGGGCAUCGAUUUCCUGGAGUUCAUGAAGGCACUGGAACCGCCAAUGAAAACUAGCAGAAAGGCAGUCAUCAACGAGGCUUUUGACAAAUUGGAUAUCAGCAAGGACGAUGUCCUAAAUGUUGACGAUCUAAGAGUUGUCUAUGCUGCCAACGCCAGAAACCACCCAAAGUAUCUAUCCGGUGAAUGGACGGAGGACGAGGUGCUACGAAGUUUCCUUGACAGCAUCGACACACCCGGUAGCCCAGAUGGAAAAGUAACACGUGACGAAUUUAUGAAUUACUACGCAGGUGUCAGUGCAACGAUAGACGAUGAUUGUUACUUUGAUUUGAUGAUGCGAUCCUGCUACGGUCUUCCACAGAGAAGCUCGCAAUCAAAAUGAAUCAGAUGUGUAAAAUGUGUAAUUUUAACGAUCGACACUCUCAAAUAUUUUAAGAACAUAUUUUGCCUUUAAUAUUCAAUGUACACUGUAGACUGAGAUUUAUACACUGAAAUCAAAAUUUCUCAAUAAUUGAUGAUUGAUUUUCAUCCAUUUCGAUAUCGGUGAAUUUUUACGAAAUCAAGCCAUAUAAGGUUUUAUGUCAAAGGUACUGCAGUUUGUAAAUCUUGCGUCAAUGUAACGUUUGCUUCAAAGUAGUCAUCGUCUUAAUUUUCAACCAUAUAAAUUUAAUACUGAUGUAAACCAUGUCAUACUACGCAAUACUAGAACAAUAAUUUUACUUUCGUCGCGCUUUUCAUAAAAGUGCGAGAGUACUUUUAACCUUGUUAUUUUCCAGUAGAGUAAAAUACUUGGCAUACGUA